GCAGUCGAGCACUUGCCGCUUUUGAGCUCAACACACAUCCUCAGCCGCGGCGUCUCUUCGCUCAGCUUCUCAGCUGCAAUUUUAGCGACUACCGCUGACAUGGAGGCCCAAAACGUGGAGGUUGCUGCCCUGGUGCACAAGAUCGCCGGCCUCCACGCCGCCAUCGCCAAGCUGCCGUCCCUGAGCCCAUCACCCCAAGUCGACGCGCUCUUCACCGACCUCGUCAUGGCCUGCGUCCCGCCGAGCCCCGUCGACGUGACCAAGCUUGAUCCCGAGGCCCAGAGGAUGCGGGAGGAGCUCAUCCGCCUCUGCUCCGACGCCGAGGGCCACCUCGAGGCGCACUACUCCGACAUGCUCAACGCCUUCGACAACCCGCUCGACCACCUCGGCCGCUUCCCCUACUUCAGCAACUACAUCAACCUGAGCAAGCUGGAGUACGACCUCCUGGUCCGCUACAUCCCUGGCCUCGCGCCUUCCCGCGUCGCCUUCGUCGGGUCCGGCCCCUUGCCGUUCAGCUCGCUCGUGCUCGCGGCGCGCCACCUGCCCAACACGGUGUUCGACAACUAUGAUCGGAGCGGCGCUGCCAACGACCGUGCGCGGAAGCUGGUCCGCGCGGACGAGGACCUGCGCAAGCGGAUGGCCUUCCACACGGUCGACGUCGCCAACCUGACCGACGAGCUCGGCAAGUACGACGUCGUCUUCCUGGCCGCGCUCGUCGGCAUGGCCGCCGAGGACAAGGCCAAGGUGGUGGCGCACCUCGGCAGGCACAUGGCCGAUGGCGCGGCCCUCGUCGUGCGGAGCGCGCACGGGGCUCGUGGAUUCCUGUACCCCAUCGUCGAUCCCGAGGACAUCCGCCGCGGCGGGUUCGACGUGCUGACCGUGUACCACCCGGACGAUGAGGUGAUCAACUCUGUGAUCGUCGCGCGCAAGAUCGACGCCAAUGCGAACAUGGAGGUUGCUGCUCUCGUCCAGAAGAUUACCAGCCUCCACGCCGCCAUCACCAAGUUGCCAUCGCUGAGCCCGUCCCCCGACGUCGACAGGCUGUUCACCGAGCUCGUCAUGGCCUGCGUCCCGCCGAGCCCCGUCGACGUGACCAAGCUUGCCCCGGACGCGCAGAAGAUGAGAGAGGAGCUCAUCCGCCUCUGCUCCGACGCCGAGGGCCACCUCGAGGCGCACUACUCCGACAUGCUCAACGCCUUCGACAACCCACUCGACCACCUCAGCCGCUUCCCCUACUUCAGCAACUACAUCAACCUGAGCAAGCUGGAGUACGACCUCCUGGUCCGCUACAUCCCUGGCCUCGCGCCUUCCCGCGUCGCCUUCGUCGGGUCUGGCCCCUUGCCGUUCAGCUCGCUCGUGCUCGCGGCACGCCACCUGCCCAACACGGUGUUCGACAACUAUGAUCGGAGCGGCGCUGCCAACGACCGUGCGCGGAAGCUGGUCCGCGCGGACGAGGACCUGCGCAAGCGGAUGACCUUCCACACCGUCGACGUCGCCAACCUGACCGACGAGCUCGGCAAGUACGACGUCGUCUUCCUGGCCGCGCUCGUCGGCAUGGCCGCCGAGGACAAGGCCAAGGUGGUGGCGCACCUCGGCAGGCACAUGGCCGACGGCGCGGCCCUCGUCGUGCGGAGCGCGCACGGGGCGCGCGGGUUCCUGUACCCCGUCGUCGACCCCGAGGACAUCUGCCGUGGCGGGUUCGACGUGCGGGCCGUGUACCACCCGGACGACGAGGUGAUCAACUCCGUCAUCAUCGCGCGCAAGGUGGGCGCCCACGGGAACGGGCUCCAGAAUGGGCAGCACGCGAACGCGCGCGGCGCGGUGCCGAUCGUGAGCCCGCCGUGCAAGUGCUGCAAGGUGGAGGCGAGCGCGCUCCAGAAGAGGGAGGAGAUGGCGGCGAAGGAGCUGUCCAUUUGAUGUGGCGCAACGAGGAGCUGUGCGCGGUAAUAACAACUCGUUAGUCGCUAUUUGAUCACUUUAAAUUUCGUGCUAUCGUGCUAUCGUCCGUGCGUGUACUUCUUCUUCUUAUUUCCUACGUACGUCAUGCGUUGUGGGAGUGUGUUUUUCCUAUGCGAUGUAUGCCAGUACUUGCGUAUCCGAUGUGAAAAGGCAUCGAUGAGGAUAAUGUGGACACCAGGGAAUACGAUGUGUUUGUAAGUGUGCCAUCGAUAAUAAAAGGUUUUCUUCCCUAAACGGAAA